GAGAGAGAAAGUCCUGCACAAAUGUGCUCGAGUAAGCAAGGCUGUGGGCUGUGCAGAAAACCCUAAGGGGUAACGUCACUCCCCCUCGGCAGAUCUGCUUCAGCCUUCCAUUCUCAACCAUCACAUCGCUUUAGAGAACAGAGAGAACGCAUCCAUAUUCAGUUCACUUUGCAAUGUUUAGCAUAAGAAAGCCAGAUCCAACCAUUUUUAUUCCCAUGCUCCGGUGUCGACUGGGAGCUCACUACAGGCGCGGAAAUGCAGCCAGACAAAGGGAUCUGUAGAUAGAGGGUGAGAGAGAAGAGAGAAAAGAAGAAGAACAAGAAGAGAAAGAGAGACAGAGAGAGAGAAAAGACGAGAGAUCAUCUGUUUUUAAGUGGGGGAGAUUUCUUUCACUUGAACGAAUAAUGAUUUGCAACAAAGGGCGGACAAUCGAGCCACAGCGACUGUAACUUAAACAAGGGACACCUAACAGGCAGGCAGGCUUGUUUACAAGAGGAGCGCUUCGGCAGACCUGCUCAAUCAUGCCUGUUCGGAGAGGUCAUGUUGCACCACAGAACACAUUUCUGGGCGUUAUUAUACGGAAAUUUGAAGGGCAGAAUAAAAAAUUUAUAAUUGCCAAUGCUAGAGUGCAGAAUUGUGCAAUCAUCUACUGCAACGAUGGAUUUUGUGAAAUGACAGGCUUCUCGAGACCAGAUGUCAUGCAAAAGCCGUGCACCUGUGACUUUCUCCACGGUCCGCACACUAAGAGACAUGAUAUUGCUCAAGUUGCUCAGGCACUGCUUGGGUCGGAGGAAAGAAAAGUGGAAAUUACCUACCACCGAAAAGACGAUUCCUUUUUCCUAUGUAACACACAUAUAAUCCCGGUGAAGAAUGAAGAAGGUGUGGUGAUGAUGUUCAUUUUAAAUUUUGAUUAUGUGCUGGAGGAGGAAAGCAGCGACUCAUUGGAGAGACUCAACCAUACAUCACCUGGCAAAUUAGAACAUUGUAAAGGAAGGUUCUUCCGUUUGCGGCUACCCGGACUGAGACUGCUAGGUACUGCUAAACAGUCACUUCCACAGGAGGACCCAGAUGCAGUCAUGGUAGAUACUCCAAAACAAAGUGAUGACUCCGUUGCCAUGAAACACUUCAAAACCCCCACAAAGGAAAGUUGCUCCCCUUCAGAUGCAGAUGAUACAAAAGCAUUAAUAGGAUCCAGUCCGUGCCCAGCUUUGGUUAACAUUUCAGGACCUCUUGAUCAUUCAUCACCCAAACAGCAAUGGGACAAGUUAUAUCCGGACAUGCUGGAGUCAAGGGCAUGUCUCAGUCAUGCCAGAUCGAAGGAGAGCAUUUGCAGCAUGAGACGAGCUUCUUCAGUUCAUGAUAUUGAAGGCUUUCGUGUCAACGCAAAGAGUGUGUUCAGAGACAGGCAUGCAAGCGAAGACAAUGGUCGCAAUAUCAAAGUUUCCCGUUCCUGGAUGGCAGGGGGGCCUUUCAAUCAUAUAAAGUCCAGUCUCCUUGGUUCCACUUCAGAUUCAAACCUCAACAAGUACAGCACAAUAAAUAAAAUCCCUCAAAUUACCUUAAACUUUUCUGACGUAAAAAAUGAGAAGAAGACAUCAUCGCCUCCUUCUUCUGAGAAAACUAUUAUUGCUCCCAAAGUCAAAGACAGGACUCACAAUGUCACAGAGAAAGUUACACAGGUCUUGUCUUUAGGAGCAGAUGUGCUGCCAGAAUACAAACUUCAGACUCCUCGUAUUAACAAGUUCACCAUACUUCAUUACAGCCCAUUUAAGGCAGUGUGGGAUUGGCUUAUUCUGAUUUUAGUUAUUUACACGGCAAUAUUCACGCCAUAUUCAGCAGCUUUUCUUUUGAAUGACCAGGAGGAGCAAAAACGAAGACAGUGUGGCUAUUCCUGCAGUCCACUCAAUGUCGUGGACUUGAUGGUGGAUAUCAUGUUCAUCAUUGAUAUUCUUAUCAACUUUAGAACAACUUAUGUGAACUUGAAUGAAGAGGUAGUUAGCGACCCAGCAAAAAUAGCAAUUCAUUAUUUCAAGGGCUGGUUCCUGAUUGACAUGGUUGCUGCAAUACCAUUUGACCUACUUAUUUUUGGAUCAGGGUCAGAUGAGACUACCACUUUAAUUGGACUUCUGAAGACAGCUAGACUGUUACGAUUGGUGAGAGUAGCCCGGAAACUGGACCGCUACUCGGAGUAUGGCGCUGCUGUUUUGAUGCUGCUGAUGUGUAUUUUUGCCUUGAUUGCUCACUGGCUUGCAUGUAUUUGGUACGCCAUUGGGAACGUGGAAAGACCUUACCUUACCCAUAAAAUUGGAUGGCUGGACUCUUUGGGACAGCAGAUUGGCAAGCGCUACAACAGCAGUGAUGCCAGCUCAGGACCCUCCAUUAAGGAUAAAUAUGUAACAGCACUUUAUUUCACCUUCAGCAGCCUGACGAGUGUUGGAUUCGGCAAUGUUUCUCCAAAUACCAACUCAGAAAAAAUCUUCUCCAUUUGCGUCAUGCUAAUUGGCUCAUUAAUGUACGCCAGUAUUUUUGGGAAUGUCUCAGCAAUUAUCCAGAGGCUCUAUUCGGGCACAGCACGGUACCACAUGCAGAUGCUGCGAGUAAAAGAGUUUAUUCGAUUCCAUCAGAUCCCCAAUCCGCUUCGCCAGAGGCUCGAAGAGUAUUUCCAGCAUGCUUGGACUUACACCAAUGGCAUAGACAUGAACAUGGGGUUUCCAGAGUGUCUGCAGGCUGACAUUUGCCUUCAUCUUAACCAGAAUUUGCUCCAGAACUGUAAGGCAUUUAAAGGAGCAACAAAAGGUUGCCUGAGAGCUCUGGCAAUGAGGUUCAAAACAACACAUGCGCCCCCUGGAGACACUCUGGUCCAUGGCGGAGAUGUCCUGACUGCACUUUAUUUCCUUUCCCGAGGCUCAAUUGAGAUCCUAAAGGAUGACAUUGUGGUUGCAAUUCUCGGAAAAAAUGACAUCUUUGGAGAAAUGAUCCACCUGUAUGCGAAGCCUGGAAAAUCAAAUGCAGAUGUUCGAGCAUUGACAUACUGUGACCUGCAUAAAAUUCAAAGAGAAGAUCUCCUGGAAGUUCUUGACAUGUAUCCAGAAUUUGCAGAUUACUUCUUAACAAACCUGGAACUCACGUUUAACCUCCGAGAUGAAACGUCAAAGCCUUCCACCUUUAUGCAAAGCAUUGAUUCAGAAGGGGAAGAUUCAAAAGUUCGAAGGAGGAAGAUUUCUUUUAAACGGAAAACAGAUGCAGGAGAAAGCAGUAAAACUGUUGGUGAAACACCUGAAGACAAGGUUUUCUAUUCCUUCUGUUCAAAGAGAGACAUUGAGGAAAGAAAAAGUAGUUCCUCAUCUUUUUCUACCUCUGGAGAUGACAAAAAGAAGUCAAUGAGUCCAGCAAUUAUAGGGUUUCCAUCAGCAAUAGGUCACAAAAAUGAACUUGGAUUUGUAGAUGCAUCUGUGAUUCCAGCCAGGAGCAUGAUUGAAAGAAGAAGUCAUUCUUUCAAAGAGCUUAGAGAUGCAGGAUGGGAACGUGAAUAUCCAAAGGAAUGUCCAAAUGAAUCAGCACAAUCAGCCUUAUCUCAGAUAGCAAGAGGAGCUUCUGAAACAGAAAGUGAUAUCACAUAUGGAGAAGUUGAGCAGCGGCUGGACUUGCUACAAGACCAGCUGAACAGGCUGGAAGCACAAAUGACUGGUGACAUUCAAGCAAUCCUGCAAAUGCUGCAGCGGCAGGUCGCCAGUGGUCCUCCCGCCUACAGCAUGGUGACCUCCAUUUCCGAGUAUCAGAGGCCAGCCAUCCGAGUGCAACCUGUAGCAGCUAUUAAGACUGACUGUAGCUUCAGACCUUCAUCCCAGAGCCCAGAGUUUUUGGAGCUGGAAAAAGCCACCGUCAAAUCCAAAGAGUCCUUGUCUAGUGGAGUACACUUGAAUACUGCGUCUGAAGAGAAUUUAGCUUCCUUAAUGGAGCAGGACCAUGACCAAACGACGCCGUUUUAUAGCCAGCCGUCCAAGACGCUGCUUCUUCCAAUCAGACAUCCUUCUCUGCCAGACUCAUCUCUUAGCACCGUAGGAAUGUUAGGCCUUCACCGGCAUGUUUCAGAUCCUGGUCUUCCUGGGAAAUAACCACAAUCCAAACGCUCUACCCUGCACCUAUUGUGGCCGUUUGUAUUUGCUACAAAUGGAUUCUUCUUACGUUUGACUCAGGGGUCUAUAAAAGGAUACUGUCAUAUGCAAGAAUACUGUAGAUUUUACAAACUUUGUAAGCUUUCGAGUUUUGCUCAAAAAUUAAACGUGUAUAAAGAACAA